UACCCAAGUCGAGUUAGCGGCUGAUUAAUCGACGGCUCUUCUCACCAUUCAGCUUGUCAUUGCAUAAAGCCGCUCCUUCACUGUCGCUUCCGAGGGCCCCGUCGAGAACAGCACGGCGAGUCAGUGGUAGGCUCGGAAGCUCCUGAUUCAAGAUGGCGCCGAUACCGUCUGCAGCGGACGUUGCGCAGUUGACCGGCAUGGGCGCAAGUCGUGGACGGGCAAUCGCGGCGCUCCAAGCAAAACGCAAUGAUGUCAUGGACGCAGCCGAAGCCAUCUUCUCGGGAAAGUUUGAUCACAUCAACGACGACGAAGGGGAAGCUGAAAGAGAAAUAAAUGUUGUAGGCGAAGAAGAGACGGCAUAUUCCAUGUUAGCAAAAGCUGACUCGGACGAGGAGAUGGACAAUGGUUUUGGAGGAGACGACAUGGAUGAAUGCUUUGGAGAUGCAGACUUUGGUGAUGCAGCUGUCAUAGGCCGCGAAGAGGCAGAGGCUGUGGAUAACGAUGCGUACAGUGGCAUGGUCAUGAGCAAGGACCGUACCGUGACGACAAUCGAUGUGGAGACGCCAGCGAGAGCAUGGAACAUUCCUAAAGAUUCAGCCAUUCGAUGGCUUGGGGCUUCGACUUCACCUUCCUCUUCGACCACGGCUAGGUCCGCACGUGCACAAGGCCACGGUUCAUCUACAAGCGUAAGCAAAGCAGACUCUCUACCCUCUGACGCGAUGAUCGCUAUUGAGAUGACCUCAUCGGAAUGGCUGCGGGGAUGUCCAGAAGGCGGUGAACAGGCGCUUUUGUUUGGCGCCUUUUCUCAGUUGCGCCUCGGUAGCCUACAUUGUCCGCUUUGCAAGUUUGAAGUCAAGCGUUUUCCAGAGUUGGAGCUCGACUCCGACCAACAAGGCGCCAAGUCAAAGCAGGCAAAGGGCAAGGCGAGCAGCAGCAAACCGAAGAAGGGCAGCACCACAUGGCCAGAGGACCACAUGCUGCUGAUGUUUCCGCGCGCAUCGCAGCUCGUCGAACACCUUCUGCACGCAGCGCACAUGAUCUGCCCUGCAUGCAAGUGCCAGUUUUGCGGAGCGUGCGCACAGAAGCGCAAAGUCAUCCUACCCACGUCCAAAAGCUUCGGAACUGAUGUAUCUGAUGGUCCCGCCAUUUCCGCGUGGAGUAAGGCGCAGAGCGGGAGCGUGCUCUAUCACUGUGGAUGGAUGCAAAGCGCACUGCUCGGCUGCGGUCUUGCCAUGGUGCAGAAGCAUGUCGACGGCAUGGGGAGCGCGAGCAAGAGCACGAUUGACCGCGUGGCGCGUGUGCAACAACAGCUUCGCCGAGUUGGCCCUGCCUGUCCGUCUGCCGCUUCCGUUGGCAAGAGCAACAUCGACUCGUACUGUUUGCUCGCCACCUCGUUUGUCUAUGACCCUGAAGUGGCAGCUGAAGAGAAGGAAGGAGGCACGACCGCGGGAGAAGAUGCUGCCGCAAAUUUCAAGAGGAAGACUGACAGCUCCGCAGGCAGCCCGAAGGUUGCGAUUGGCUUGCGCAAGGCCGCCAAGACUGGCAAGUUCGCAAGUCCAUGUGCUACCUCGCUGGACAGCACGACGGCAUCCGCAUCCCUCGGAAAGGGCACUUACCAUGACCCGUUCGACGACCUUGAUCCUUACUACGGUUAUGGCGGCUCAUACUCCAACAGCAAGAAGAAGCACACUGGUACGGGCUACUCCGGUGGCACCGAUGAUAAGUGGGGCUGGAAGGCAGCGGCUGUGCAGAAGCAAAAAGAGCGUGACGAUGUCUUGGAAGGUAUGCUUCGCACACUCCGGCAGUUUGUCCCAGAUACGCAUCGCACCGUAGAGAGCAGUAGCAAGAGUAAGGAGGGCAACUCUUCGAGUAAUAGCCCAGCUGAUGACGCGUCAGAGAGCGAAGUCUACGAGACAGACUGGUUUCCGGACGCCACGACGCUUGCACAUGUUCGCCGCCGCUUUCUGCCGCUGGCGUCGAACCUGCUGAGCAGCGACAGCCUCAUCGACAUGAUCGAGCGCGAGUCGCUGUUCAUGGAGCUCCUGAGCUGGUUCGACCUGUUCGCCAGGCACGAAGCGCUCUGUCCACUGCUGGCACAACCGAUCAUGAGGCCGGUCGAGGUGAAAGAUGCCACGGCGACGCAGAAGAAGACCGACAAGGACGUGCGCGGCGGCACCGCCGGCGCGAGGGAGAAGACCACUAAAUACGAAGGGAGCGCCGGCCCGCUCGAGCUCACGCAGCGCAUCCUGGCACAGUGUCGCACAUUCAAGAGCACGAUGGAGAAGGCACAAGCAGCCAGUACCAAAGGGAAGAACAUUGAUGCAAAUGGUUCUGGUUGCGUUGAUGAUGCAUUUGAUGGCAUUAAUAUCGAUGCAGAUGCACAGAAAGAGGCAGGCGACAACCAGGAAAGAUCCGCUAAGACAGACGAUGAGAUUGAGCAGCAGAAGUGGUCACAGUUCUGCGAGCGCAUCGUCAGCGUUGCUCUAUCCGUCGAAGGGCACCUACGCAAGACUAAAGGCAAUGCCGCGGUCGAUCAGAUGCUGGGCGUCAUCUCCAAAAAUAGCAAUGCAGCUGCUUCUCAGGCGCCCGCAACAAUGUUUGAGAAGGAUAAGGAGUGUACAAUUGACAGCAGCAGCAACAAUAACGACAACAAGAGCAAGGCGAGUGAAAAGCAUCUGUCAGACGAAGAAGAAGUCGCAAAAUACGAGGCGUGGGCAAAGCCUUUGCUCUUUGGCGCCGAAGUGGAUAUGACGAUUCCAGUGGGCGGGGGGCGAAAGUACGCACACGUCUAUGACAGAGAAAUCGCCAACUGUAAAUCGACCGCCAUGCGCCGGACAAUCGCCAUCUCCAAGGAGCUUGCCAAUCUCAGCUCGUCCCUCCCUGCUCUCUUCCACGGCUCCAUCUUCCUGCGUCGCGACGAAGAGAGGGUGGACGUGUUGAAGGCAUGCAUUAUGGGUUCAGAAGGAUCUCCAUACGAGGGCGGAUGCUACCUAUUCGACAUCUUCUUGCCUGUCGAAUACAACCAGCAGCCUCCCAAGUGCAAGAUCACCAACACGAACGGCGGCAAGGUGCGUCACAAUCCCAACCUGUACGCCGACGGCAAGGUGUGCCUCUCCCUGCUUGGCACAUGGCCUGGGCCCGGCUGGUCGCCCGGUCAAUCGACCCUGCUGCAGGUACUUCUGUCCACCCAGAGUCUGGUCCUGUGCCCUGAGCCGGCCUGUAACGAGCCAGGCUGGGAGCGCUUCGAAGGGCAAGAACGAAGCAAGUCGUAUAAGCGCAACAUCCGUCGUAUGACUGUCAGCGUCGCCAUGCUCGGUCUGCUCAAGGAUCCGCCCUUGCCCUGGAAGGAGGUGAUCGAAGGCCACUUCUACCACAAGCGGCAGUACAUCUCCAAGCUCCUCGACAAGUGGGUCGAUGACGAUGAUGGCAAGGGGAUGUACAACGACGGCAGCGAACUGAUGUCCGCGUAUGGGUACGCUGGCGCGUCGACCCAGCCCCCGAAAAAUCAGGGCAGUUUCCUGAAGAAGAAUGUGGAUGAGCUCAAGGAAUUGCUUACCAAGCUCGACAUUUGAACGACGCAGUAAUGACAACUAUAAGAAUGAAGCAAGCGUCAGGCUUUAGUCUGGCGAGAGCUAAGGAGCCCUGAGAUGGAGGAAAUGCGCAGCGCAGCACAACACAACAAGACAUAGCAUGUAGACUCCUUUGCACUGUAUCAUAGUCAUUGACACGAGGUCGAAUCACCCUUCCCU